AUGCCGAGACGACGCAUUGUCGAGGAUUCUUCGGAUGAAGACACGGACAACUCAUCGCAUUUGAUGCCCUCGGAUGACCGCUUAGAAAAAGCGCUACGAGAUACCGUUGCGAAUAUCUUUCGAACAGGGAAAUUAGAAGAAUUAACCGUCAAGCGCGUACGGCUAGCAACGGAGAAUGCUUUAGGCUUGGACGAGGGGUUUUUCAAAGCACAUAAGGAAUGGAAGACGAGGAGUGAUCAAAUAAUCAAAAACGAGGCUGAGAAACAUGAAGAACCACAGGAAGAUGAGAUAAUUGACGAACCGCCCGCACCGCCGACAAAACCACCGAAACCCAAGACGAAAAAAGUUGCUAAGCGGGUAUCAGAAGAAAACACAUCGGUCAAGAAGAAACGCCGAAAAGUCAGCAGCGAGGUAGAAUCACCGGAGGUCACUCCGCCGCCGGUCGAUGAAGACGGAGACAACGACGAAGAAGAAGAAGAAGCCAAAAGCGCUUCCCCGAAAGUUCCCAGUAAGGAAGCAGUGGCAGAACAAGGAGAACAGUCCGAGAGUGAAAUGUCGGUGUUGCUAGACGAAGAACCCAAGAAACAACGACCAAAGAAAGCACCAAGUGCACCGAAGGCGCGAAAUACGAAGAGCACAUCAAAACCCAUCACCGAUCUAGAUCCAGAUCAAGCAGAAAUAAAGCGUUUACAGGGAUGGCUCAUUAAAUGCGGUAUUCGGAAAAUGUGGGCGCGCGAAUUGGCUCUGUAUGAUACUCCGAAGGCGAAGAUCAAGCAUUUGAAGAAGAUGUUAGAAGAUGUGGGUAUGAAGGGCCGGUAUUCCGCUGACAAGGCUCGUCAAAUCCGCGAGGCGAGGGAACUUCAAGCGGACCUGGAAGCUGUAAAGGAGGGAGCCUCUAGAUGGGGUACAGGAACUGCACAGGAUGAGAGCGGUUCCGAAGAGAAGCCUCGAAGACGGUUGGUCAAAGGCCGUCAAAGUCUUGCGUUUCUUUCCGACGACGGCGAAGAGACCGAUUAA